UUGAACCAAGCAUCGCACUUCUACUUCACUAAGCUCUGUGCAGAAACAGACAGAAAAACCCGCCGUGCAUGAAACAGGAAGCUGUUUUUAUUUGAUUAUGUGUCACUGUUAGUCAAAGGGCAGGUACUAUUUUAGUCUCUAGUCGUUUGGAACUAAGCUCCGAUUCUCUCCGAACUUCUUGUUCCUUUGUUUAAACUAAAUCUCAGUUACUAGUUUUAGUUGGUAUUUCUUGCUCAGCCGCAUCUUUGUCACUUUUUUAGUGUGACCAGCAAGAUUUGAAAUUUGAGGAGGGAGAAUAUGGAUGUGACUUCAUACCCAGUUGACGUUUUGGAGAGACAAAGUAGCCUUUGAGUUCAAGUUUGGGACUUUUUCAGAUUGAGGGUCCUUUUAAAAGAAGAAGAAGAAGAAGAAGAAGAAGAAGCUUUAGAAAUUUGGGGUCUUUUUUGGUUCUAAAAAGUUUUCUUCAAAUACCCAUUUCAAUCAGGGAGAUCCAGGAUUUGUGAAAGCUUGUUUGUACCUGCAUAUAGUUUCUGGUCUUCUAGUACCAGAAGCCAGGCUGCUUCUGCGUUUGGAGGAUUUGCUUUAUGUGGUAAAAGCCAAACCCCAUGAUCGCAGGAUGAUGUGUGACUCACGGAUUGUGCAAACUAAGUUGAGCCAAAAUGAUUCCCUCUGUAAAUAUUCUCAUUCUAGCAUCUCAUGUGAUUCUGAAUUUCAGUCAGAGGUUGUGAAAGAUGACUCGUUUUCUAAGGUGAGUAAUCCUGAUGAAGGUAUUGAACGACUUGGAUCAUGCAAUAAAAGUUCAUACCCGUACAAGUUCCAGCUUGAACAGGAUGUACAAAGAUUGGAACAGCAGCUGCUUGAAGAAAUAGAGCUACAUGCUAUUCUGGAAAAUGCAAUUGAGAAAAAUGCUACUAAAUUCUCCAGUCCAGCAUGCCUUCCUUACAAUGCUCAAGAGCUCCUAAGCAAUAUUGCUGCCCUGGAGGUUACAGUUUCAGAACUAGAACAGGAGUUGGUUGCUUUGCAUUUCCAACUAAGUCAAGAAAGAAAUGAAAGAAGGCUGGCAGAAUAUCAUCUGAGGCAUCCAUCUCCUCAGUCAAUGUCUCCUCGCUUGUGUGGUAUUAUGAAACUGCCGAGUUCAUCUCCUUCGAGGUGUACAGAGCAGUCUAGUCCUGAAAUUCAUCAUUAUUCAGGAGAUGACUCAUGGCAGGAGCCACAAGAUCAAUCAUCAGAAACUAGCGGUGAAACAUCUUCCAUGCAAUCAGUAACUGAGAUUGCGGUGGACUCAGUUGCAUGUGGCCAUGAUAUGAAAAACUGUAGGAAGAUGGAUCUCGUAUCUUUGCAACCUUCUGACUUUAGGAAGCUUCCUAAAGGGAUGCCCUCCAAGGGCCUGUGGGAUCAUCCUAAUCAACUGUCAGAGGAGAUGGUUAGAUGCAUGAAAAAUAUUUUCAUAUCUUUGGCUGAUUCAGCCUUACCGUCAAAAUCUUCUUCCCAAGAGAGCCAGUUGUCACCUCUGUCACCACGUGGACAUCUUUCUAAUUCCUCAUGGUGGUCGUCAUCUGAACGGUCGAUGAUUUCAUCAUGGGUACAGAGCCCACAAGUAGAUAUACAGAGUAACUCUGAAGUAUUAGCUUCAGAAAACGCCUGUGAUCCCUAUAGAGUUCGAGGGAAACUGAGUUGGGCAGACAUUGGGAGCUAUGGACUAGCAACUGAAGUUUCUUGGAUGUCAGUUGGGAAGAAGCAAUUAGAAUAUGCUGCUGGUGCUCUGAGGAGGUUCAGAGUACUUGUGGAGCAACUGGCAAAAGUAAAUCCUAUCCAUUUGAGCUGCAAUGAGAAGCUUGCUUUCUGGAUUAACUUAUAUAAUGCACUUAUCAUGCAUGCUUACUUGGCUUAUGGAGUCCCUAGAAGUGAUUUGAAGCUCUUCUCUUUAAUGCAAAAGGCAGCUUACACUGUUGGGGGACAUUCUUACAGUGCCACUGCUAUUGAGUACGUAAUUUUGAAGGCGAAACCUCCACUUCAUAGACCACAAAUUGCUUUGCUUCUUGCCCUUCACAAGCUUAAGGUCUCAGAUGAGCAACGGAAGUCUGUAAUCGAUACAUAUGAACCACUUAUAACCUUUGCUUUAAGCUGUGGAAUGUACUCCUCACCGGCGGUAAGGAUCUACACUGCUGAAAAUGUAAGGGAAGAACUUCAGGAAGCACAGCGUGAUUUUGUUCGAGCUUCAGUUGGGGUUAGUAACAAGGGGAGGUUGUUGGUGCCAAAAAUGUUGCACUGCUUUGCCAAAGGCUCUGUGGAUGAUUCAAAUUUGGCUGUAUGGAUAUCACAUUACCUCCCGCCCCACCAAGCUAUCUUUGUUGAGCAAUGCAUAUCACAAAGGCGACAAAGUCUGCUUGGUUCGCGCAACUGUGGCAUUUUGCCAUUUGAUUCACGCUUCCGAUACCUAUUUCUGCCCGACAAAAUUCCAUUAUGAUGAUUCCCGGUAAUACUACACUUAAAUACCCUGGAUUAGUCAGUUCAGGUUGAGCUAAAACCAGAUGGUUGAAGUAAUGGUACAUUUAGAAACACAGGUCAGUUUGGUCUUUCACCUCAUAGACCUCUUAUAAUCCCUCAUGGGUGUUGUACAUUUUGUUAAUGGAUAACAGGAGUUCAGAUACAGUGUUUAGGAGAUCGUUGUGAUUCACUUGUAUUCCACAAAUGUCAAAUAAGAGUGAGCAGUAAUUAUCUGGUGACUUCUGAUUGUGAAAUGCAAUACUGUCAGUGUCCGAGAGUUACACUAUAGUGUUGAGGAUUUUUGGUCGUUCAAGUUCUUGUAAAGUUGGUCUUGAAUCCAGUAACAUCAUGAAUCUGUAAGAUGUGCAGUCAUUAGCGUUAUACAACUGGCUGAAUUUGCUGAAGGUGUAAUAGUAUUGCAACAAUGUUGGACAUUCUAAUGGUCUGAUGAAGCAUGCUCAUGAUUUCAUAUUU